AAAAUCACUCUGGCAACUGAGUGGAGGAUGGCUUGGAGCAGGGAGACUUGCUGCAGGAAGACCAAGGCUAUUGUAGUAGCCCCCAUUAGAAGCCUGUACCAGAGUGAUGGUUGUGGGAGUGAAGAGACAGGACAUACACAAGAGAUGUGAAGAAGAGAGUGAGAUACAUUCUCAUAUCUCUUUUUUUUAGCCAAGCUUGGCUAAUUUCAUUGCAUUUAAUUUCAGUGGUUCUGUUGCUGAUCUUUUCAUUAAUAUGCUUUUAGUCAUUGUAUAUAUCAUAAUCAUAAUUUCUUACAGCAUGCUAACAUUCUCUUAGCAUUGUGUACCACCAUUUGUCUAACCAUUCUCCAAACCACGGACAUCUACUUUGUUUCCAAACCUUUGCUAUCCUACAAAAACUGCUCCUAUAAACAUUUUUAUGUCAAUGGGGCCAUUCUUUUUGUUAUUGAUCUCUUUGGGGUAUAUACCUAAUAGUGCAAUCUCUGGGUCCAAGGUGUAGACAUUCUGGUCACUUUCUUACAAUAUUUCCAGAUUGCCUUUUCCUAACUGGCCAGACCACUUCACAGCUCCACCAACAAUGUAUCCAGCACGCCUGUAUUUCCACACAACCCCUCUAACCUUAACUAUUUCCAUCUUUUGUUUUCUUUGACAAUUAGGUGUGAAAUGAAAGUUCAGAGUUCUUUUGCUUUGCAUUUUUCUUAUUGGUAGUGAAUAUGGUUUGUUUUUGUGGUUCGUUGAUAUUUCUUCAUUUUUUUUUAAAGGAAAAAACUGAUGCCUAAAAAGUUUAAGUAAAUUGCUCAACAUCACACCCUGUAUCAGAGCAGGGAUUUGGGUCUAGGUUUUGUGACCUUCCCCCCCCCAAAUCCUAUGCUCUUUGUACUAUGUGUUGCCCUUCCCGCCUGGAGCUCUGACCAGGGUUAGAGAUCGACACCUCAGAUCUCCAUUCUCAAGUUCCAAAGACACUCAUUGGCCAGGGAGGGGAAAUCAGUCAAGGCGACCUUGGCUAGUUCCUGGGCACCCUGAGCAGGGCCAGGACUCAGGAGUGAUGUCAUUCAGCUACGGGGAAAGGGUAGGGAUUGAGAGCAUGAAACUCUCGCAUCUUUCACCUCCGGUCUCCUCCCCACUUUCCCCCAGCCUCGCCCCUACUUUCUCCGUAUCUCUUUGCAGGCCCAUGGUUGAGAGCGCCCUCUACCGUCAGCGGCUGGAGGUCAUUGCUGAGAAGCGGCGUCUUCAAGAACAGAUCUGCGGGGCGCGGAGGGAGCUAGAGGAAGAAAAAUUAAAAGUGCAGCGACUAAAGAGGAAGUCCCUGCGGGAGCGAUGGCUGAUGGAUGGGACAGCUGAGGCACCUGAGGGCGCUGAGCCAGAGGCGGAUCCCCAUUCCCCUCAGGGCCAGGCCCAGGCCAGAAUCCAACGCUUGGAAGACAGUCUGUUCACACUCCAGUCACAACUCCAGUUACUACAGAGUGCAUCAACGGGUGCCCAGCACAAGACUUCUGCCUGGCCCACCUGGCGCCUACAGGUAUCCCGAUCUCUCUCUCAGACUGCCAUGGAGCCAGGCCCUGAAGGCAAGGAAGAUCUUGAAAAACGAGCCUCCCUACCUCUUAUGCCAGCGGUCUCCAUGCCUGAUCCCUCUACCUCAAGGAUCCCCAAGGAGCUGGGGGGAGAGGCAGCCACAACUUCUCAAGCGCCAAAGGAAGAGGAGGUGUCCACAGCAGAUACCGUCGAGGUCAAUGGUCCAUGCCCAGCACCAGUCUCUGUGGAGCUGGAGCUGACCCAGAAUCAGGUGGACGCAGCAGAAGACAGGGGUCCAGGUGCUGGGGAUGGAGUGGACAGCUCUAGGGGAACAGUCCUGGGACCAGGCAUAGUAAAGGUAGAGUGGGAUGGGCUGAGGUUCCUAGAGGAAAGUGCCAGGGAGGCCCCCACAUGUACAGAAAGGGGGAAGGUAAAAGAACAGGAGGUUGAAGAGAUAGUCCUAGAGGUGAUAGGGGACCACCAGGUAACAAGAGACCCAGAGCUGCCUGAAUGGAUGACCAAGGACAGGAGAGUCCAGGAGGUGGAGGAAAUGGUUCUAGAGGCAAUGAAGAACCGUUCAAUGGUGGAAGCCCCAGAACUUCCUGAGUGGGUGACCAAAGACAGGGGCAUUGUUGAGGUUGUGUGGGAGGGACUGGGGGGAACUAAUGGCAGUGACAUGGGGGACUCAGAGGGGAUGGCUAGAGAGGAAGCAGCAGCAGGCAGCCCUGCUAGCUCAGGGCUAGAGUCCAAAGAGCACGGCCCUGGGGGGAGUCCUGAGUUGGGAGACCAAGGAGAGGGCUCCUUCAUCUGGGUGGAGAGGGUACUUAUCACUGAAGACUGGGAGGAGGUACUAGUCGAGGAAUCAGAAGGAACCGCCAAGGAAUCAAAAGAGGGUGAGGCAGGGGAAAGUUUGCAGCACGGAGGAGAGGAGGAAGGGGAGAAAGGACAUCUGGGAACAGAGAAAGGAGGGGAAGAAAAGCAUUUGGAGACAAAGAAGCUGGGGUCAGAAGGUGAGACCGAGGAAGUCUUUCAGAAGGGUGGACGGAGAGAGGUACAUGUAGGAGCAGAGGAAGUAAAAGAGGAUGAGGAACAACUAGGGGAAGAAAAGGAAGGAGAGGGAAAAGAACAGCUGGAGGGAGGGGAGAAAGCAGGGGGAGAGAAACAGCUGGAGGCAGAGGAGAAAGCAGGGGGAGAGAAACUGCUUGGAGGAGAAGAGGAAGAAGAGGGAGAACAGCCAGGGUCAAAGGAGGAGGAGGAAAAGGAGAGGGAAGGAGGGGUAGAAAAGGAAAUGCCAGCAGAGAAGGGUCCAGAAGAGAAGGGGCCCGACUCUGAGGAGACAGAGAAGCAGGAACAGGAGAUGAAGCAAGUUACCCAGCCUGAGGCAGGACCAGAACCACAGGCUGAAGAGGCCACAUCAGCCCCGGGUGAGCCCCAGCCUCCAGCCCCAUCCCUGGAGCAGCUCCCAGCCCCUGAAGCAGGGCCUGCAGAACGCCAGCCCCUGCUGCAGCCGGCCACACGCACUGUGAACCCGGCUAGCCGCCCCGUGCCCACCUACGCACCUGCCCAACGGCCUGAGCCCCAACCCGACAGCGAGCAGGCCAGUGGCUCCAAGCAGACGUGUCAGUGCUGUAUAGUGAUGUGAGCCAUCCCUCCUGCCAGCCGAGAGACCUUGUGGAGGCAGGGAGGAACCUGGGGGUGUGAGGCUUCCCCCUCCCACCCUGACCCCGACCCAGUCAAUCUCACAGCUACCUCACCCUCCCUUCUAACCUGGGUGCAGCCACGGGGUGGGGGUGGGGCCGCUGCCCAGCCUCGCUGGGAGUCAACACAGGGCCUAGGCACCGGCCGCCACACCCUCAGCCCAGGCAGGACUCUGGAGGCUCCGCUGCCCUUUCGGCCCUCACCCGCUGCCUCGGCGAUCCUGGCCUUUCUCCUUUUCCUCUCUCAGCCCCAUGCCCCCAGUGAUGCCUUAAUACUUGAAAAUAAAAAGGAGAACAGAAUGACAUGGA